AUGGUUCGAUCUCUGAAUCACCUCCCAGAAGAGAUCCUUCAUUCGAUUCUAUGCGCAUUACCGCCUAGAUAUGCCGCUGCCUUGGAACAAACCAGCCAUCGAUUUAGGGACGUGACCAGGGAGCCUUUAUUAUGGCGUCAUUACUGCCGGACCCAUUUCAACUCCUGGGAUAAAAGACAUGGAAUCUCUCAGAAGCUGGCUGGGCCUGUGUCAUCGGUCGACUGGAAAGCCUUGUUUAUAUUAAGAUUCAAUAUCGACCGCUCUGUCUGUCAACUUCUGGAUAGUAUUCUGGCUAGCCAAACAGGGCGUAUCGAUAAAUUCCGUGCGGUCAUUGAUUUCGGAUUCGAUGCUCAAGAUACUCUUAUUCAUCAUAGCAGGGUGGAAGAUGGGGAAGAUCACUUAGCUAGAAGGUACUACGCACGGGCGCUUUUGACCUGCCUUCAUCGAAGUAUUGCAGUGCCCGAAUGGGCCAAGCUCCGACGUGGUGACCCUGUCACGCUUGAGCGUGCUCUUGCUGCGUUUGAUCUUUUCAUCCCAGAGAGUGGGUUUGGAGACUUGGAUCAGGUAGGACCUCUUCCUGGCCUGCACCCGACUAGCGCUGAUGAUCUUCAGGUUCGGGGUACAUUGGAUGAUAUUGUCGCCCGUUUUGCAAUUUCUCAUCCUGAUAUUGCUGGCCUCCAGCCCCGGGAGAAGGCUCUUUUGCUCGCUUCCUGGUUCCAGCACGAAGGCCUCACCGGAAUUGAGCCAGGGCGGCCAUAUCAUUCCUUGGAGCAUAAUUUUCUAGGUCUAGCUCUGACAAGCCCAGGUCACAAUUCUCUACCAUUGAUCUCCGCUGUGAUCUAUUCUUAUGCGGCACAGCAACUGGGGAUGGACGCCCGCCCUUGCGGAUUCCCAUUUCAUGUCCAUGUCAUCAUUUCUCCGCCGCCUGGGUUUGACAUGAAUGGAAAUGUCUUGGUUGACGAAGAUCCCGGUGCCCCCAUGUAUCUAGACCCUUUUAGAGGGGCGCGGGAGACCCCGGUCUCCGAUCUACGUGAUCAAUUAAUGUUUCUUGGUGCCACAGAAGCAGACCAGGCCGAUUUUUUGGGUGGAUCACUGCCCUCGCAGGUUGUCUUACGGUGCAGCAAAAACAUCCUGAACUCCAUUCACUCUGCAUCCCAUACCCUCGACACUGCAACCACCUCGAUAGAUGUGGUGAGUGCCAAAUAUGCCGCCCUGUGGGCAUCAAUGCUUCUUUCAGGGGACUCUCAGCCCAUGGACCUGAGGCACCAACUACCCUGGUUGAUGGAGUUGUUCGCUACCGACUUUCCAUCCGACAUCUUUCUGGUGGAACAGCACAUCGUACCCCUUUUUGAUGGGCUCUUUGAGCACGAGCAUAUCUUGGAGAGUCUUCAUGUCAUGCGAGCGGUAGAUGAGAUUCCAAAGCAGGUCCGGCGGAGGUCCAACGAAAACAAAAACAUCCGAUACAAGGUAGGCCAGGUUUUCCAACACCGCCGUUACCACUACCGGGCCAUAAUCACUGGAUGGGAUUCAGAGUGUGGUGCUGGAGAGCAAUGGAUGCGACGUAUGGGCAUUGAUCGCUUACAAGCGGGUCGACAUCAAAGCUUCUACCAUGUGCUUGUUGAGGAUCGAAGUGUGCGAUAUGUUGCGGAAGAGAAUAUUGAGCUUAUACUAUCCCAACUGAUAGAACUGCCACAAAGUCUAACAACAAUCGCGGGUAAACAUUUUAAACGUUGGGAUGAAAAUACCUGUGCCUUUAUUAGUAAUAUGCAGGAUGAAUAUCCAGAUGAUUAG